AUGCACAAUUUACAAACAACGUUAAUUAAUUUACCUGUAACACAAGUAACAGUGCCUCAACAACCGUUGUUAAUUAAUCAAAAUGACUUAAUAAUACAAGAAUCAAUUAAUGUUGUACCUGCAGUGAUACAUUGUAAUAACAAUAACAAUAGUGUAUUAAAUACAUCAAUUAUCAGUGAAAAUAGUUUACGAUCGCCUUUGUGUAUCGAUGAUAAUAUACCAUUUAAUAGACCAAUUGUACGUGGUCGUUUAACUGAUGGUCUUAGCGAUUUACCAUGCCAACGUAUACGACCAUGGAAAUAUAAAAAUUGUUUUGGUUAUUAUGACGGUGAAACGCAUACAUCAUGUCAAUUUGUUAAUGUGGUAGAUGUUGAAGAUUUUAUGAAUAAUGAAAAACGCAAAGAAAAAUCACGGGAUGCCGCAAGAUGCCGUCGUUCACGUGAAACUGAAAUAUUUUCCGAACUUGCAAAUGCCUUACCAUUAUCAAAAGAAGCCGUUUCACAGUUGGAUAAAGCAUCUGUUAUGCGACUUGCUAUAUCCUACUUGAAAAUUCGAGAUUUAGUCAAAAUUUUACCGAAAAUUGAACCGCCAAAAGAAUUAUCAGAAGCAGAUGAUGAAUCAGUGUUUUUAAAAGCAUUAGACGGAUUCAUGAUUGUUAUAUCAGAUGAAGGAGACAUUGUGUACCUAUCAGAAAAUGUUAGUGAAUUUCUCGGCAUAUCACAGGUGGAUCUCAUGGGACAAAAUAUAUAUGAGUAUAGCCAUGCAUGUGAUCAUGACGAGGUUCGAAGUAUAUUAACAACAAAAGGCAAUAACGAACAACAAACUGUAAUACAAACAAGAUCAUUUUUCUUACGAUUAAAAUGUACGAUUACAAGUAAAGGACGCAAUGUUAAUUUAAAAUCUGCUACAUACAAGGUAAUUCAUUUUACUGGCCAUAUACUAUCAUUAGAAACAGAAAUUAAGAAACCAACAAAAGAUGAAGAUAAUGAACAAAAUAACAAUAAAAAUAGCAACAAUAGUAACAACAAUCAACAAAAAUGUUUGAUAGCAAUUGGACAACCAAUACCUCAUCCAUCAAAUAUUGAAGUACCAUUAGAUAAAAAGACCUUUCUUAGUAAACACAGCUUAGAUAUGAAAUUUACAUAUGCUGAUGAAAUAAUGUUAGACGUUCUCGGAUUUGAUCCAGAUGAUUUGGUUGGCAAAUCUGUCUACGAUUAUCAUCAUGCAUUAGAUAAUGAUGUAAUUAGCUCAAGUUUCAAAAGUUUGUUUUCCAAAGGACAAUGUGAAACAUCGCGCUACCGAUUCCUGGCAAAAUGUGGCGGUUACGUGUGGGUCGUAAGUCAAGCAACUGUCCUGCAUGAUAAGUCUCAUAAACCGCAAAGUGUUGUUUGUGUACAUUAUGUGAUAAGUGGAAUUGAAUGUAAAGAAGAAAUAUACUCAAUAUCACAGCAGUUAGCGGUUACGUCACAAAAACAACAACAAAUUGAGAGUAAAGUUGAUAUUAAAGAGAUUGAUUUAGCGAAACCACCAACAACUGUAAUUGCAUUAGAAAAAGAACUUAAAGAAAAAAUUGACAUUAAAGACAAUAUUCAUAUUAAAACUGAUCAAGAUUCUCAAGAGAAGAAAAUUGAUUAUUCAAGACCACGUUGUACAACUCAAAGUUUGUUUGUACAACCGGAGCGUCCACAAACAGCUACAUCAAAAAUAUUUGCACCUAGAACCAGCGAUAUGAAUAAAGGAUUUUUAAUGUUCUCAGAAGAGGAAGGUAUUACCAUUCUCAAAGACGAUCCAGACGAUUUAACGCAUUUAGCUCCAACGGCUGGAGAUGUAUGCGUACCAUUACCCGAAUUUUUGACAACAGAAAUGUUUGAUGACAUAUUAAGUGAUACUUACUGCCCUUUGACACUCACGGAUGACUUAGGAUCAUUGGAUUCAUCACAAUCAAGUAACAAAACAUCAAGCACAAGUGGUAUUUCAGAUCCGUUUAUGGUUUAUCGAGAUGACUUCGAUUUUUGUAAAUCGGAAUUGAGUACAUCACCACAAUUACUUUCUCCAAAUUUAUCAAAGAGUCCUGGCGAUAGUCUACCAUCACUGUGUAGUCCUGGAAAUUCAUUAAGUGAAGAUGAUCACAUAAGCUCAUUUGUAACAUUACAAAUGGAAUCCGAAGAAGAAAAUGAAUUUAUUAGUAAAGCGCCCUAUAUAUCAAUGAAUGUUGGUGAUGAUUUGCCACUAUUAAAUAUGUCAGAGGAUUUGAUGUGGGGUGCAUUACCUCCAGACGAUAAAAUAUUAACACAAAAAACAUUAAAUAUGACAAAUACAACGUUAAAUUCAAGUCUAGCGCAAUUAUUAUGUCAAAAAACUUCAACAAAUCAACGUUCAUCAACCACGUAUAAAACGCAUGACCAUGGAGGAGGGUUAAUCAAUAUGUCAGAGUUGUUACUUAAAUAUGGAGGCGAUACAAGAGAUACAGCAGAUCAUUGGACAUUACAAGAAAAUAAUCCAUUAAUUGAGAUAAAUAAAUCGCCUCCGGAAAUACCUAUAUCAAAUAUAAAGCAAACAAAAACAACAAGCAUACAUACGGAUCGUGCUCCAAAGCGUAGUAAUGCAAACAAUAACAAUCAAUAUGGUACAAUGUCAAAACGAUGUCGAAGUAAUCAUGAACCGAAAGAGAAACUGUCUAGUGAAUUGUUAAAUCAAUUAAUGUCGAAUACGCCAACUCGAUCAGCGUCACAAACUAAACAAAAGAAUAAUGAAUGGCCAAAUUCUAGAACAGAUCAGCCGCCAAGCGAUAGUGUUCUUAUGAAUUUAUUGGGUAAUGGAAAGUAUUCUGGAAAAGAUUCAAAACCAAUUGAUAUAAACGAUUCUUCAAAUCAAUCUAUGGAUGAUGAUAGCGUAAAUAAUGAGGAUGAUAAUAGCCUCAACAAUGUUGUUGAAGAUAAUCAACGUUUGCCAAAUAUAGCCGUGCUACUUGGAAAUCGUACAUCAACAAUUGAUAAUGAAGAAUGUCAAAAACAACGUCAUGAGUUGAUACGUAAAAAUUCAUUUUCCUUGUUAGAUCCUGAAGGGCGAACUAUACCAUCGUUAAUGGAUCUUAGUCAGCAGGAUUAUGAUGUGAAUGCACCCGUCAAUAAUACCAUAUUGUUACAAGGAUAUGAGUUGUUGAAUGCAUUAGAAUAUUCUGAUCCAAUGAUGUGUUAAUAUUAUUAUAUUAUUCUGUAGGUUUAUUCUUUUUAAUUGCACUAGUUCAGUCGAUAAAUUGACACGAUGCCGUCAAUUCAAAUAUUCACAAUAGAACACAGGUAUAUGGACUGCUCUUUAUACAUGACCUGGGUACACACUGUGGAGUAUGAAAUAAUAUUCUAUUUCUAUUAUCCAUGGUACUUAUCAGCCAGAGAUUUCUAGCUAGAGGAAGUUACUUUACACCGUGUACAAACUUAAGGCGAUAUAAAUAACUUAUACAGCAAAAUAACAC